AUGGAGAUUCCGCAAGAACUGGACGAGUACUUGAGAGAAACGAUCGAUGAUUCCUUCGGCCUCCCAGUCUCGACGCAAACUCUCCGGCUAAAGCUUCGAGCUUCCGAGGAUGCCCAUCGCCGCAUCCGCGACCAAUGCCUUGUUCUCGACGAGAAGCUCCGCGAGAAAGAGCAACUCCUUGAUCGCGCUAAGGCGGAGGCCACUAUGAACGCAGUGGCGUUGAAGAAGUUCGUGGAGGAGAAUCAGAAAUUGGCAGCGGAGUGCUCCAAUUUGGUGGCGCAGUGUAAAAAGUGGGAAAGGGAGUGCACGCUCUAUGACAAUGACAGGGAGGCUCUGAUGGAGUUUGGGAAUGAGGCGGAUGAGAGGGCCAAAGAUGCUGAAACUAGGGUUCACGAGUUGGAAGUGGCGCUAGGGAAUUUGUCAGAGGAACUGAAGUUUUACAAGCAUCAGUACGAGAGCCGUGGGUCGGACGGUUUGUCAGCGGAGAUUACAGAUUUGGAAGGGCAGAACCUUGACUCUAUCCUAACAACACUAACUGGAGAAGAUGCAAUUGAUCCUGGUCGUGCUUUUCUCGCGGCGAAUAAGGAGCAGGAGUCAUGUCGAAAGUUGCUGAAGAUAUGGAGCAGCUUGAAGCCAUCAACACAAAAGGUUUUGUCACUAGCUUCAAAAGUGAGUAUACUUGAGAAUGAAAAAGAACAUCUUGGGAUCAACCUUGCUAGAGCUGAAGAGGAGGUGGAAUUAUUGUUCCAAGAGAACAAAAUAUUGAACGAGGAGAACAGAAAGCUAGUGAAACAACUGCGCAGAGCAAGUAACCUUGAUUCGUCUGCCGAAAAGCAAUCGAGUAGUGCAUCUGCCAAGAGGAGCAAGCGAAAAUCGAGUCCCAUGAGGAUCGGUUCAUCAGUUGGAGGGAAGAUUGAUUUUGUGCAGGAGUUGGAUCCACUUAGGCAGCCACUUUCGCCCUUGCGUCAAAACUCUCCGGAUGUUCAGAUGCGCAAGAAGUCACCAUUGAGGGGCAGUUCCUGA